AUGCAACUGCCAACGACAAAGUCCCUACACAGACUAAGCAUCGAACAUCCAUGGUUCGCCGUGCAUCCUCUGCUCUGGACAUCGCAGCAUCUGCGUCUCCUGGGCUUUCAAUUCCAGCACCUUGACUCUGCUCUGCCUCCCUCUACCUCAUCCUUAAUGGCUGCCGACAAGAACCUCACAAUGCAUUCCCGCAACCUAGCAAAUAUAGACUCACCGGUUGUCAAGUCAAUAUCCGUUGGUCACUUACUGCGCUGCAAAGAUAGUCCCUUAGAGAAAGUAAAUGGCUCGCCUCCUUUCACCUUCGCCGGGCGCGACGUGCAUUCACCAGACUGCGAUAUCUUCCAGGUGAGCACAACGAGUACCCAACAGCGGCCGAUCAUUGGUUAUUAUCACUAUGACAAAGUCACUCGAGAACGUCAACGAGUGCUGAGGCCAAAAUCACAUCCUGGCGAUGGCUGCAAUUAUCCCGUAUCGAAAAUGUAUCAGCGCAAAUUGCGGACUGUUACCCCCCGGCUCUGGUUUGAGGAUUUGUAUUUGGUCUGUGUUUUGUUGUCCUUGGCUCAAUUGCAAUGGCGGAAGCGUCGAACGCCACGACCGAAGACCUUCAGGGCGCGGUUGCUUGUAACCAAUAAAUCCGACACCACAUUUGCGCACAUCUUUCAAGCUGAUAUACCCCACGAACUCCUCGAUGCCCUCAACGAUCCGAUACUUGACAUGGAGAGCUUUAUGUGGCCAAUGAUCGAGCAUCUUCGGAUCCCAUUUAAACCGUAUGCGAGCUUUGCCAAACGGAUUAUUUUGCAGUUGGUGGGCUAUGAGUACAGUCCUGCUGUCGAACCUCAAGCUGAGGUAGUGCAACGAGGAGAGAAGCGGAAGCGUGAUGAGUCGGAUGCUGUGGGACAAAGGAGGAAUGUUUAUCAACACAAUCAAGUCUGA